GGCCAACCAGAGUUCCUCCGGGUUGAAGCCUGGAACUGCCGCCGCCGCUUAAGCCUGCCAACGCACCGGUACGGCUGCUGCCCUCCUUGUCCUACCUCUAGAAACAUUCUUGCCAGUAGUGGCGGCAACAGGACUCAAUUACCCCCUUCGUGUUUUCCCUUAAGAAGCUCCAGAUGGCGUCUUCUGUGGGCAACGUGGCCGACAGCACAGAACCAACGAAACGUAUGCUUUCCUUCCAAGGGUUAGCUGAGUUGGCACAUCGAGAAUAUCAGGCAGGAGAUUUUGAGGCAGCUGAGAGACACUGCAUGCAGCUUUGGCGACAAGAGCCAGACAAUACUGGUGUGCUUUUAUUACUUUCAUCUAUACACUUCCAGUGUCGAAGGCUGGACAGAUCUGCUCACUUUAGCACUCUGGCAAUUAAACAGAAUCCCCUUCUGGCAGAAGCCUAUUCGAAUUUGGGGAAUGUGUACAAGGAAAGAGGGCAGUUACAGGAAGCAAUUGAGCAUUACCGGCAUGCAUUGCGUCUCAAACCAGAUUUCAUCGAUGGUUAUAUUAACCUGGCAGCCGCGUUGGUAGCAGCAGGUGACAUGGAAGGGGCAGUCCAAGCUUACGUCUCUGCUCUUCAGUACAAUCCUGAUUUGUACUGUGUUCGCAGUGACCUGGGGAACCUGCUCAAAGCCCUGGGUCGCUUGGAAGAAGCCAAGGCAUGUUAUUUGAAAGCAAUUGAGACGCAACCGAACUUUGCAGUAGCUUGGAGUAAUCUUGGCUGUGUUUUCAAUGCACAAGGGGAGAUUUGGCUUGCAAUUCAUCACUUUGAAAAGGCUGUCACCCUUGACCCGAAUUUUCUGGAUGCUUAUAUUAAUUUAGGAAAUGUCUUGAAAGAGGCACGGAUUUUUGACAGAGCUGUGGCAGCUUACCUUCGGGCCCUAAGCUUGAGUCCAAAUCAUGCGGUCGUGCACGGCAACCUGGCUUGUGUAUACUAUGAGCAAGGCCUGAUAGAUCUGGCAAUAGACACCUACAGGCGAGCUAUUGAAUUGCAACCACAUUUUCCUGAUGCUUACUGCAACCUAGCCAAUGCUCUCAAAGAGAAGGGCAGUGUUGCCGAAGCGGAAGAUUGUUACAAUACAGCUCUCCGGCUGUGUCCCACUCAUGCAGACUCUCUGAAUAACCUAGCCAAUAUCAAACGAGAACAGGGAAACAUUGAAGAGGCAGUUCGCUUGUAUCGUAAAGCAUUAGAAGUCUUUCCGGAGUUUGCUGCUGCCCAUUCGAAUUUAGCAAGUGUAUUGCAGCAGCAGGGAAAACUGCAGGAAGCUCUGAUGCAUUAUAAGGAGGCUAUUCGAAUCAGUCCUACCUUUGCUGAUGCCUACUCUAAUAUGGGAAACACUUUAAAGGAGAUGCAGGAUGUGCAGGGAGCCUUGCAGUGUUAUACUCGUGCCAUUCAGAUAAACCCUGCGUUUGCAGAUGCCCACAGCAAUCUGGCUUCCAUUCACAAGGAUUCAGGGAAUAUUCCAGAAGCAAUAGCUUCUUACCGCACUGCUCUGAAACUUAAACCUGAUUUUCCUGAUGCUUAUUGUAACUUGGCUCAUUGCCUGCAGAUUGUCUGUGAUUGGACAGACUAUGAUGAGCGAAUGAAGAAGUUGGUCAGUAUUGUGGCUGACCAGUUAGAGAAGAACAGGUUGCCUUCGGUGCAUCCUCAUCAUAGUAUGCUAUAUCCUCUUUCUCAUGGAUUCAGGAAGGCUAUUGCUGAGAGGCAUGGGAACCUCUGCUUGGAUAAGAUUAAUGUCCUUCAUAAACCACCAUAUGAACAUCCAAAAGACUUGAAGCUCAGUGACGGUCGACUGCGUGUAGGCUAUGUGAGUUCUGACUUUGGGAAUCAUCCUACUUCUCACCUUAUGCAGUCUAUUCCAGGCAUGCACAAUCCUGAUAAAUUUGAGGUGUUCUGUUAUGCCCUGAGCCCAGAUGAUGGCACUAACUUCCGAGUAAAGGUGAUGGCAGAAGCUAAUCAUUUCAUUGAUCUUUCUCAGAUUCCAUGCAAUGGAAAAGCAGCUGAUCGCAUCCACCAGGAUGGUAUACACAUCCUUGUAAAUAUGAAUGGUUAUACCAAGGGUGCCCGAAAUGAACUCUUUGCUCUCAGACCAGCUCCUAUUCAGGCAAUGUGGCUGGGAUACCCUGGGACUAGUGGUGCGCUUUUCAUGGAUUAUAUCAUCACUGAUCAGGAAACUUCACCAGCUGAAGUUGCUGAGCAGUAUUCUGAGAAACUGGCUUAUAUGCCCCAUACUUUCUUUAUUGGUGAUCAUGCUAAUAUGUUCCCUCACCUGAAGAAAAAAGCAGUCAUCGAUUUUAAGUCCAAUGGGCACAUUUAUGACAAUCGGAUUGUUCUGAAUGGCAUCGACCUCAAAGCAUUUCUUGAUAGUCUGCCAGAUGUGAAAAUUGUCAAGAUGAAAUGUCCUGAUGGAGGAGACAAUGCAGAUAGCAGUAAUACAGCUCUUAAUAUGCCUGUCAUUCCUAUGAAUACUAUUGCAGAAGCAGUCAUUGAAAUGAUUAACAGAGGACAAAUUCAGAUAACAAUUAAUGGGUUCAGUAUUAGCAACGGACUGGCGACUACCCAGAUCAACAAUAAGGCUGCCACUGGAGAGGAGGUUCCCCGCACCAUUAUCGUAACCACACGUUCUCAGUAUGGGUUACCAGAAGAUGCCAUUGUGUACUGUAACUUCAAUCAGUUAUAUAAAAUCGAUCCUUCUACUUUACAGAUGUGGGCAAAUAUUCUGAAGCGUGUUCCCAAUAGUGUGCUGUGGCUGUUGCGUUUUCCAGCAGUAGGAGAACCUAAUAUUCAACAGUAUGCACAAAACAUGGGCCUUCCCCAGAACCGUAUCAUUUUUUCACCUGUUGCUCCUAAAGAGGAACAUGUCAGGAGAGGCCAGCUGGCUGACGUCUGCCUGGACACACCACUUUGUAAUGGGCACACCACGGGGAUGGAUGUCCUCUGGGCAGGGACACCUAUGGUGACUAUGCCAGGAGAGACCCUCGCUUCUCGAGUUGCAGCUUCCCAGCUCACUUGUUUAGGUUGUCUUGAGCUUAUUGCUAAAAAUAGACAAGAAUAUGAAGACAUAGCUGUGAAACUGGGAACUGAUCUAGAAUACCUGAAGAAAAUUCGUGGCAAAGUCUGGAAGCAGAGAAUAUCUAGCCCUCUGUUCAACACCAAACAAUACACAAUGGAACUAGAGCGGCUUUAUCUACAGAUGUGGGAGCAUUACGCAGCUGGCAACAAACCUGAUCACAUGAUUAAGCCUGUUGAAGUCACUGAGUCAGCCUAAAUAAAGACUGUAUGCACAGGAGAAUUACCCCUAUACCUGAGCCUCAACCUUCUGGGGGAAAGGGAACUAGAUAAUGUACUUUUUACUUACCUGUACAGUAUCAUGUUGCAGAUGGGUGACAAAUAACGAUCAUAGAAUAGCACAGUCAGACUUGCUUCCUGCAUGAUAGGGAGAGACACAAGAGGUGGGAAACUGCUGUUCCACAAGGAAUCUCCGUAGAAUUUGGCAGCAACCAGGUGGUGCAUAGGUCUGGAAGGUCUGAUCUCCCUUGGUCUUCCAUGGGAUGGUUAGUGUGGAGGGGAGAUAGAGAUUGUCCAGCCGUUUUGUGAUUCCAUGGAUUGAUUGAGUCUUCUGAAUUGAAUCUUUUUCUUUAUAUUUUGGGUAUUGGAGCUUUUAAAAAUGUUUGGUUUCAGGUAUUUUUAUUCAUGUGAAGUGUGUAUGGUUCUCUUGAGAUAAGGUUUUAAGCUGAAAUGUUGCUCCUUGUUUUAGUUUCUGAACUCCACAGGUUCCUGAGGACUUUGCUGGUGUAGUCUUUUUAUAGGUUUUAUAAACCACUUGAGCCUAUAUCAGUCGUUUUAGUGUCUGACCUAAUGUUUGGAGCUAUCAGUGCUUUGUUGGUUUAGGUGAUGAUUCAGUUUUUUUCUGGUCCAUUUCCCAUUUCCUUCUCUUCCCCUCCCCCCACUUUAAAAUUUCUCCUGUAACUCAGCUAACAAAACCAAGUCUGAUUCAAAACAUCCCAGAGUGUUUCUGUUAAACACAUCAUCUGGUGCCAAAUGAAAAUUCUGAGGAGUGAUUAUUAAUUAUAAAGGGCACAGUUGUGGUACUGUCAUUGAUGAUAAUAAUAGAGAUUUUUUGGGCCUAGUUUUGACCUAUUUCACCAGUGUUUUACCUUUGACUGCCCCUUUAUGCUGCUUCCAAAAGUGAUAGUGUGUGAUAAUAUUUUUACCUUCCUUUCUAAAGUUUGUUUUUUUUUUAAGUGAGUCCUGUUCUUCCUAUUUCUUUCAGCAGAAAUGAAAUCCCAGGUAAGUAUAAGUAUUCAAAUAUUUGAUCCGUAAGUCACAGUUGUCUCCAAUACAUUAAAUAACUUUCGUCAAAAAACUUGUUAUAGGUCAAAAGCUCUGAAGGACCAGCUAUGUAUAUGAGUAAUCACUUUUUAGCCCUCUAGGGUCUCAUAGACUAGCUGUCUUCUGGACUUGGUCUUGAAGUCUCUGUGGAGUCAGCCUCCGUAGUAGCGAACUGCACCGCUACUUGGUUUGGAGUCCAAAUGAGACUUUAGCCUUCCUGGAGCUUGAGUUCUUAAAAACCAUAGGAAUAAAAUUAUGGAUCUCAACAAAGGAUUGAGGGCUUGAGGCUUAAACAAGCCGACAUAUGAAUAUAUGUUUUGUCUUGCUGUGCUGCACUUAAGCUAUCUAGUAACAGAUAAUCUGUGUCUGCUGGUAGUGUUCUAGAUCAUGUCUUUCCAAAGCGCUGAGGCAGUGCACCUGUUCUGUAGUUGCAGCUGAUGUCUGAAUGUAUCCUAGCUGACAAAUUAUGAAUAAGAACUUGAAUUUCUGAGCGAUUCUUACUGUUAACCAAAAUCGGAGCAAGGAAUCUCAAAUGUAAUUCUUAGUCAGAAUUACAUGUUAAUGAACUGUGUACCUUUUAAUAAUGUAAAUCAAGAAACAUCAGUUUAGGAAUUUCUUAAUUUAUUUUUUACCUGAUUGAAAUGUCAGUUUAAGGUUGCCAGCAUGGUUGCAGAUAAACUGAUGUUUGAAAUUCACCAAACUACAUAAUGUGGAAUAGGAUAAUAUACUUCCAGUGCCCUCAGGCUGUGGCCUUGCAGCCAUUUACAUAGCACAUCAUUCCUCCUAUAGGGAUGGACUUUUCCUGGCACGAAAAGUAGCCGCUCUGGGUGAAGCUUUGCUUAUUGUAACAGGCUUUCCAGGUAACAUGUCUGUGGAAGACUUAAUUCUGAAUAGAUAUAGAUAUUGCUGGAAACGAAUUGUUUUUUCUAUUAUACUCUGCUUUAUCAAAAAAGUAAAACAUUUAAAUUGUGCUACAGAAAUCCAGAUGUUGUCUUGCGAUCUUUAAACAAUAAAUGAAUGAUUUGCCCUUAA